CCGGAGUGUAAACAAACACAUAUGUUGCUCUCGGAACACAGCAUACUCAUAACACAGGCCUCGAUCGCUAGCCCAAAUGCCGGCUAAAUGUGUGGAUGUUACUUUACAAAUUCAACACAGUUACGUGAAUCGAAUUAGUAAGACAAGCAAUGUUUCUAUUCUCCGAAACGAUUCCCUUCGACUAUCGGACAUACUUUGCCGCGGCCAUUCCGUUUCUGGAGCAGUACAGUUGGAUUUUCCGUUACAACAACACCAAGUUCAUUCGGGCCGGUGUUCUGGAAGCGUUGCCUCGUGAAUGGAUUGUCGAUCUAGACACACUCUCUAACGCAGAGUUCAACCAGAUACCAUUGGGAUUGUAUAAGGACAGCUGGUGCAGUUCAUUUCGAGAGUUUUUGUCACAAGUUCGAGCCCUUCAGGUGGAGUACGAGGAGUUUGUCGAACGCGGAGAUAAGCCACGGUUAACUAACAACGAGAAGAAACACUAUGAAGUGACAAAUUUAAGCAGCUUUAUCGCAUCGCUGCGAUGUGUUUCAAAAGACCCACCGAAAGUAUACGUAGAUUUCGGGUGUGGUGUGGGUCUACUGACUAAGCGAGUCAACGAGCUAUUCGAUGUGAAGGUGCUCGGAAUCGAUGGAAAUGCUGCCUUGAUCGAACAGUGCAAUAAAACCCACGACGCAGCGCUAGAUCUACAGUUUAUCCAGCAUUUCAUAACGAAUGAUUCUUUUGCCUCAAUCGAGCGUGAAUUGGCGAAACGGUUUGACGCACCUAAUACCACUACCGUUCGUGCUGCCGUAGUGGGUCUGCAUGCAUGUGCCGACCUGUCCAUUACGGCCAUCCAAUGUUUUCUGCAGUGCGACUGGUGCAGCAGUAUUACCAUCAUGCCAUGCUGCUACCAUCUGAUGAAGACACUCCCCGAAGAAACCUCCGCUCCGAAUGGGGAAAUAGGAUUCAAAAACUUUCCCCUCUGCGAUGAACUGCGCUGCAUGGUUGCUGAUGGCAGUCGGGCUCUAGUUUGCAAAUCUUUCUUGCGACUCGCUUGUCAACAAACGACCGCACGCUGGCAAAGUCUCACCGUCGAGCAGCAUCAACAGCACGGUCGUACCAUGUUCCGACGGGGUUUGAUCGAUGCCAUUCUGGAGGCGGGCGAAUCGGUGCGCGUUGGCAAGUUGAAGCAAAUUCCGGAGCAAACGACGGUGGACAAUGUGUUGCAACAGUUCACGCUGCGAAGGGCUGGGGAGGGUGGAACGGCACAAGAGCAGCCCUGGGCGGAGCAUCAUCGGGAGAAGCUGACCGCACUGCUGGACCGGUACGGAACUGAUGGGCCCAGACUGGCGGAAUAUGUUGAGUGCUUGCAAAUGUGCCUACAAAAAAUCUGCGAAAAUGUGGUCCUUCUCGAUCGGAUGUGCUACCUGGAGCAGGAGGCAAAGCGGGUCGGACUGCAAAUAAGCCGCAAGUUGGUGCGCCUUCCAAAUGAUCGAAUAACGCCGCGCUGUUUCAUCUUUCACGCCUCACGAAAGGAUCAAAUAAAUCUGAACACUCAAAAUUGAAACCCAA